AUGGACGCUCCUCAGCUUCCCGUGGCCGACGAAAGGGCUGGGAUCAUCCUCCGCCGUAGCCUCCUGCACCAGCUGCCCACCAUGCUAGAAUGGUGUGGAGCACAGGCUGAAGUGCAGCAACUCGCAAAGUUCGGGGAGGACAUAGUGCUGGGCUACUGCCUUUCUCAGCACAACGUGGAGUUGGCAUCCUUCAUGGAUCCCAAUGAAGUGCUUGUGGAGGACCUGAAGCUGGACGCUUCUGGGCGCUUCAGCAAGGCUUUUGCCAGGAUCGCAAGAGAAUACCUGGACAAACAGCAGCUGAGCUUGAUGAAGUGCUUGAUGAUCCUGUCUGGCCUUGCUCCCAAGGACAUGAAGGAGGUCCACAGGCUCAUUUCCAAGGGCGAACGCUGGCAUCCCGGGGUUGCAUGUUUUGCCAGUGGCAUGGUACGCACCGACCUCAAGCAUGGCACUGGCCCUUUGCGACGCUCCGUCUUAGAACCUCGCGUGCAAGGCGCCCUGAAGGACUGUUUCCUUUCCCGGGCUUAUGCCCAUUGGCGUUCCAGCAGUCAUAUUCCUGAGCAGCAUAUGCUGUCUGCACCACAGGCACUGGCAAAGGAGUGGAUCGAUGUCCCAGCUGGGCAGGGUAAGGUCUUCGAUCGACUGCGCCAGGGCCAUGAAGUCUGUGUCUUCGUACUCACCACCAGCGCUUCAGAGAAACACCGAGCCGAUGCGCGCGCCAUCUAUUCUACCUGGGCAAAACAGCCGCGUCCUGCAGGCGUUGAGGUCUUCAUGGUGAAGGACAAUUCCUGGGCCUUGGAGGUGUUGACGCAACAGCUGGUGGCGUCAACAGAGGAUGUCGAUUUGGACAACUUGGCUUAUGGUUUUAUGGCCUCCUCAGCCCUCUUCGCAGCACUGGAGUUGGGUAUCUUCGAUGCCUUGUCGGAGAAGGAGCUCACCGUUGAGGAGCUGGCAGCCACCUGCCAGGUGCCACAGAACCGCCUGCAGACGCUGCUGACCGCCUUGGUGGCCUCCCGCUGUUUGCGGCUGACGGAGGGGCCUGGGCGGCUGGGUUACCGGAACUCGCCCAACGUGCAGAAAUUCAUGGUGUCCUCGUCCAAAGCGUACUACGGAGACUAUCUGAAGUAUCAGAUUGGAAGAUUGUUCUAUGGUCGGAUGGGAAAGCUGGUUCCGAUUCUGAGAGGAGAGGAACACCUGAACUACUGCAGCUGGUUUUCCGAUCCAUCUGUGGCUUCAACCUACACACAAGCUCAGCACAAUGGCAGCCUUGCCACGGCCAAGGCCCUUUUCAAACGUGUCCCUUUGAAGGGCAUCCGGCAGAUGUUGGAUGUGGGCGGUGGCAGUGGUGCAUUUUCCCUUCAAGCCGUGCGCAUGGGAGACCAGGAACUGAAGUCAAUUGUGCUGGAGUUGCCAAAGGUCUGUGAGGAAGGUCAAAGUCUGAUGCUUACACAGGCCUCAGAGCAGGAGAUUGGCAUGCGGACGGUGGUUCAGAGUAGGAUGGAAUGA